AUGUCAAGGCCAAGUCUUUCAUGUCUCUCCCUCUACCUGCUCACAGUCUCAGCCUUUUUCAUUGCCCAUGGAACCUCUCAGAGCCAGGAGAAUACAGCCGAUGACCGAGAAAUCCUGCUAAGAAUCAAGCAAUACUGGCAGGACCCGCCGCAGCUGUCUCACUGGUCAUCUUCAGGCUCCUCCUCGCCCUGCAGUUGGCCGGAAGUUAACUGCACCGUCGCCAACUCGGUCAUGGGGUUGAAUUUCAACUCCAUGAACAUCCCCGGUACGGUUCCACCAUUCAUUUGCGACUUAAAAAACUUGGCAGUUCUUGAUCUUUAUAACAACAGUAUUGCGGGAGGUUUUCCAAGGGAGCUCUACAACUGUUCCAUGCUCCAGUACUUGAAUCUCGGUCAGAACUACUUCGUCGGUCCGGUUCCUGAUGACAUCGACCGGUUGGCUCGCCUCAAUCAUCUCGAUCUCUCUGGUAAUAACUUCACCAGUGAUAUUCCGGCGGCCAUUGGGCGGUUGAAGGAGCUGAGAGUUCUGUACCUCAAUCAGAAUCAGUUUAACGCGACUUUCCCACUGGAGAUUGGCUUGUUAUCCCACCUGGAAGAGUUAUCAUUGGCCCACAAUGGGUUUCUGCCUUCGAGGCUGCAUUUCAACUUCACCCAGCUGAAGAAUCUCAAAGUGUUGUGGGUUUCUAAUGCGAAUUUGAUUGGUGAGAUAGCACCAACGAUUGGGGAAAUGGCAGCUCUGGAGUAUUUGGAUUUAUCUACGAAUAAACUCAAUGGAAGUAUCCCUGAUGGCUUGUUUAGGUUGAAGAACUUGACAGUGGUGUAUCUAUACAAGAACAGAUUAUCUGGACCAAUUCCUCAAUCCGUGGAGUCUCUGGAAUUGACCGACGUAGAUGUUUCGGACAACAACUUGAGUGGCUUGAUUCCUGAUGACUUCGGAAAGCUGGAGAAAGCCCGAAUCUUGAAUCUCUUCUUCAACAAUUUGGGUGGCGAAAUCCCAGAGAGCAUUGGCAGGCUUCCACAACUGAAAGAGUUCAGUGUGUUCACUAACAACUUAUCAGGCUCAAUCCCUGCCGAUUUUGGAAGAUACUCCAUGCUUGAAGUUCUUCAAGUUGACUCCAAUCGCCUUACCGGUCAACUUCCUGAACAUCUAUGCAGCAAUGGGAAGUUAGAUGGAGUUGCAGCGUACGAUAACUUUCUCAGUGGAGAGCUGCCCGCAUCACUUGGAAACUGCAGCACCUUGAGAUUCCUCAGCAUUAAGAACAACUCUUUCUCUGGAGAGCUUCCUGCUGGGUUAUGGACUGCAACUAAUUUGGAAACUCUUAUCAUUGGAGAUAAUUCCUUCACAGGUCAGCUUCCUGAUGAUAUGUCAUGGAAUCUUUCUCGAAUUGAGAUGAGCAACAACAACUUUACUGGGGGGAUUCCAAUUGGAGUGAGCAAUUGGAGCAACAUGGUGUUCUUCUCUGCAAGCAACAACUCCAUUUCUGGCACAAUCCCUCCACAGUUGACUUCCCUACCUCGACUCACCAAUCUUAUGCUAGAUGGAAACCAACUUACUGGUUCCCUUCCAUCUGACAUCAUCUCAUGGGAGUCUCUAACAACUCUCAACCUCAGAAGAAACCAGCUCUCGGGUGAAAUUCCUGACCAAAUUGGCAAUCUACUUCGUCUUUCAGAACUAGACUUAUCAGAAAACCAAUUGUCUGGCAACAUUCCUCCACAAAUCAGUCGAUUGCCUCUAACUUCUCUGAAUCUCUCCUCCAAUCAGCUAGCGGGAAACAUCCCACGGCAGUUUGAAAAUGGUGCUUUUUCCGAUAGCUUCUUGAACAACCCUGGUCUGUGUUCAAGCAACUCUGACCUGAACCUCAGUAGCUGCAACUCAAGACCUUCUCAAUCAAGCAAGCGUACUGCGACUCACAUCCUCGCCUUGGUGUUAAGCGUUUCAGCAAUCAUCGUCGUGGUAUCUGUCAUAUCAUCAUUUCUCGCCAUCAGGAAGCUUAGAGGGAAGCGAGUACAGGAUUCUGCCUGGGAGUUCACGUCGUUCCAGAAGCUCAACUUCACUGAGGAGAAAAUCCUUGCAGGGUUAACAGAGAGCAAUGUGAUUGGAAUGGGUGGUUCAGGGAAAGUCUAUCGUGUUGCUGUGGACCGUCAGAAUGAUUUCGUUGCAGUGAAAAGAAUCUGGAACGAUGAUGAUAACAAACUGGCUAAGGAGUUCAUGUCGGAAGUGGAGACAUUGAGUGCAAUCAGACACUCCAACAUAGUCAAGCUUCUGUGCUGCAUAUCCAAUGGCGAUUCUAAGCUUCUUGUUUAUGAGUAUAUGGAGAACCGUAGCCUGGAUUGGUGGCUGCAUUCCGGUACAAUGAAGCGGGCAGCACUGGACUGGCCAAAGCGACUCAACAUCGCCAUAUGUGCAGCUCAAGGUCUGGCUUACAUGCACCAUGAUUGUGUGCCUUCAAUCAUUCACCGAGACGUGAAAUCCAGCAACAUCCUUCUGGACUCCGAAUUCAACGCCAAGAUCGCCGAUUUCGGCCUGGCAAGAAUGACGAUGAUGAACAGCAGCAGCAGCAGUAGCAGUGGAGAAGAAGCUGCUGCUACGUUUUCCACGGUGGCUGGCUCGUUUGGCUACAUGGCUCCAGAGUACGGGCAGACGAGGAGGGUGAACGAGAAGAUUGAUGUGUACGGCUUUGGCGUGGUGCUGUUAGAGCUGACGACAGGGAGACAGGCGAACGGUGGGGGAGGGGAGGAGAAGAUGAGGACGACGAAGAGCCUUGCAGAGUGGGCCUGGGGCCGAGUCCAGGAAGGGAAGGCGAUCGGCAAUGUCCUCGACGAGGAGGUGAAGGAGGAAGGUUGUUACUUGGAUGAGAUGGUGUCUGUUUUCAAGCUGGGGAUUCUGUGUACGACCGCAUUGCCUUCGAGCAGGCCGUCGAUGAAGGAAGUGGUGCAGAUGUUGGAAAGAUGGAGAAGAGAGGGGAUUUCACGAGGGAAGAGUGGCAGUGAAAGGAGGGUAGACGAGAGCCCUCUGCUUAGGAACUCCAAUGGCGACAGUAGCUUGCCAGUGUGAUUAUGGGUGUAGAUAUUACAUAGCAAGGAGUUUGAAGUAGUCACUAGUCAGGCAAAGAUUGUAUUUUGGCGGGUUUUUUUUCCUAUUUCCAGCUGUAGUGGUAAAAGAAUGAAUGCACAAUAAACAAUCAUACAUACAUAUCCAACAAGAUAAGGAAUCGGAAUACAAUGUAUGAAUGUAACACAAGAGAUAUAUAUGCCCUCUAUCUGUGUGUUAAUUCGCACAUUUGUUGCUCU